AUGGAAUGGGUUGAAAUCGUCGAACCUCAAACGAAGCAACAUAUGUAUGCAAAUUUGCGCACCGGGCAAUGCGCAUGGGAACCACCAGAAGGAGUUCGUGUAAAAAGAACUGAUAGUAACCAAUGGUGGGAAUUAUUUGAUUCGAACACACAGCGAUUUUAUUAUUACAAUGCAACAUCAAUGAAAACUGUCUGGCAAAAGCCGUUCGACUGUGAUAUCAUUCCACUAGCUAAAUUACAGACUUUGAAAGAGAACACAGAAAUGUGUUCAAGUGUGGAACGGAGCAUAUCAUCGUCAAAUGCGAAAGAAGCGAAACGAAACAGUGAAACACAGACUUCUCCGAGGGAAGUUCGUCGAUCUGCAGGCACGUGUUCAUCAUCGCGUCUUCUAUAUGCCCAGAACAUUUCACCGGAUUCCGGUGUUGUCAGUGCACGGCAUAUGGGUUCACCGUAUAUCUAUGCUCCUAGACGUGCGAACGCUGCGCUUGUUCAAAGCUCACCUGUUCCGGUGGAAUCAUUGGUCAGCUCUGUCAAGGAACUGAAUGUCAAGGAAAGUGAAUGUGAGUGCAACAGAUUGAUUGAUGUAGACGAUGUGUCAAGUUCAUGUUCGCACAAUGAUCAGUUAGCACAGUCACAUUCAUGCACAUCUUAUCAAUCGAUCACCACUCGUAAUACUUCCACUCCGUCAACGAUUGUCUCCGAUCAUCGAAACUCAUCAUCUCAGUCACCAAAUAUCUCAUCAUACCUUUCCAAUACUCAUUCAUCCACGCUCGGCUCAUGCACUUCUUUAACGUUAUCCACCAAUAAUCGUUUCCCAUCUGAUCGUGCACCUUUACCUCAAUCUAACAAAACCAACAGUCACGGUAUAUCAUCUGCAUCACAUAACCAGUCCAAUCUGUCUGAGUUGGAAAGUUGGACAAAAGAUUCGAUAAAGCAACCUGUUUGUGGUUGUGUUGACGAUAAAGUGCUUCGAAAAGAAGCCCCCUCAUUGUUCAAAGCAAUUCAAUGUUAUAUGGGCGAUCGCAAAAGCAAACUGUCUGCUGAUCAGUUGGCGGUGUCUUUAUGUGAAUCAGGAAUCUCGAAAAAAUCACUAGGCGACGAAUUAUUUUGCCAGCUCAUCAAACAGCUUUCAAACAAUCAACGCUUCGAUUCUGUCCGGCGUGGCUGGGAACUGAUGGCCAUUUUUCUCACAUUUUUCACUCCAUCCUCAGAGCAGAUCACACUUAAAUUAUCACGUUUCAUAGAAGGAAAUUCAGAUCGUCUGUUAGAUACGCCUGAGGUUCCAGUCUCUCAUUAUGCUACACAAUGUUCAAGACGUCUAACAAGAACGGUACAGCAUGUCAAGCCGACGUUACAAUUAGUUCAGCAGUCGCGAGUGCAUAUAUUCAGCCCACCUCAGUUUUGUGCCUCAUUAGAUGAUUUGAUGGAAAUGCAAGCAGAGAAAUAUCCAGAAAGGCGUUUACCAUGGGUGCAAACAACGCUGAUUGAUUUGAUUCUUUCAUCAGAUGGACAACAUACCGAGGCAAGAUUACGACUGGAUCGUGGUUUAGUACCAGUGGUUCGUGAUGCACAUGUACCAGCAGCUCUACUUAAGCUCUGGUUACGAUCCUUACCUGAAGCCAUCUUACCAGAUGCGCUCUACGCUCGUUGUUUGGCCGUAUGUGAUCAACCGGAUGAAGCGUGUCGUGUUAUUGAUUUGUUACCGAAUGUCAAUCGUCUCGUGGUUGCUAAGCUGCUUCAUCUGUUGCAGUUAUUGACUGACGAGGAGACUGUAAAGCACACGAAAAUGGACGUGUGCAAUUUAGCAAUGGUGAUGGCACCUAAUAUGUUACGUUGUUCGAGCGAUGAUCCACGUGUCAUGUUCGAUAACGCUCGAAGAGAAAUGACUUUCAUAAAAACACUUGUUCUCCAUUAUGACACCACUUUCAUUCAAGCUAUCAUCUGA